GGAGUUCUGGGCCUCGCACGCCGUCAGCCCGCCGAGCUGCGCGGGGUUCCUGCUCCCCUCGGUGCUAGAGCACGACCGGUUCGAAAGCGAGCGGUUUCCGCACCGCAAGGAGCUGCUGUGGAACAUUCUGGAAGCCGUACGAUACGCCGUGUUGCCCAGCAGAAAGCACUUUCAGUUCCUCACCGAGGCCGACGCGGCCACGAUCGUCGAGGACUUUCUCGGUCUGCCGAAGAAUGGCACAGCAGGCGCGGAGGUGGAAGAAGAAAAUCAAAAUGCGACAGGAAUGAUAAGCGGUCCUGAGCAGGAGCCACCUGUAGCUCGGGGUGCUCCUCCUGCCGCUCCUCCCUCCGACGUGUAUCGAGAGCUGAUUGACUGGUCAACAACUACUCCGUCUACUGUUGAAAACGAGGCACCAGCGCAAGAACCGCACACGACGAGGAAACAGGGCGCGGGCGCAGCAUCAACCUUGCAGCGAGGCGGAUUACAACUUCUACAGAAGCAGCAAAACUUGUUCGACAUUGUCAGGGCCGCGGAGGACGCUGGUGCGACCCGCGCGGCGGACCGGUUCGUGAUAAAUCUGGGGGCUGGAGUAUCCUAAGUAACAACGUCCCCACCCCAGAGUUGUCAUGCAGAUUUGCCAUGACAGGAACAUUUGUGAUGCGCAACCCCAUGACAGGCAUUUUCAAUCGUGUUUGGGAACUUGUAAUGUUGUAAACAGGAUGAGAAGGUCGAUUUGUGAUGCGGCUUUCCUUGCUAACUUGCACUACCUUACGGACUGAAACUUGUCAUGCGUAGUAGCACAGUCUGUUUAUGUCAUGCGUGACUCCUAAAACUCCUAGGUUUGUGUUGCAAAAUCCGCAUCUUGACUCUGGUGUGGAGAUGUUUUACUCAUGAUAUGGAGUGAUGGAAGAGGACGACCGAUCCGACUGGGACGUGGAUCCAGCACUAUCGCCAGAAAAAACUGUUUCACUGGAAACUUGUAAUGCAGAAAUUGCAUCUCACAGUCACAAGUGUUUGUCUUGCUACACAUGCAAGACAGGGGAUUUUUAGCUGUGUUUUCCCUCAGGAACCUUGCAUGGCAAAUUUUCUCUGUCAUGUAGAACAAACUUGUGAUGCAAAACCUGCAAAAUCCUUACAGUGAAACACUUUUUUCGUACGAUAAGCACACACCAUGGUGGAAUUCGCUGGCGCCGGGGGCGUUUUGUUCGAAGGCGACCCCGAUCGCGUGUCGGUGUUGCGCGAUCAGAUCUUCAAAAGCCGGACCUUUGUGUCAUCUGAAGCAACAGGAGGUACUAAAGAAGCUACAACUUCUUCAUCUAGCGGAACCACAGAUGUUCUUGUACACCAGCAAGCAGGACCGGCACGAGAUGCGAAGACCGCAAAGACGUCAUCUUCGUCGCAAGAACGUAAGCUCCUUCAUCUCGUGACGGACUACGUGAGUCCGGAGACGGUGGACAGCUUUCUGAACGAGCACCCGCUCUUCCGCAGGACCGCGUUGAGGACGACCACCGCGGCCACGACGCAGAAGAACCACGACGCGUUUUCUGUGAAUAUCAAAGGAACUACGCCGGCGCAGCUCCAUAGUGCCGCACCCAUCACGCUGUUGAAGAUUGAUCUCGACAACCGCGAUUGUGAGUAUCUGUCAAAGAUUCUGCACAAGCUGCACACGGAGAUGCGCACGAGAACUCUGCUGAUCGCCAUGGAAAUCAUAGCCUAUUUUCUGCCUCCGGAUAUCGGGUUUGGUUCCUGGCUCCCCACGGUGUACACGGAUGUGGGCUCGCAGUAUUCCUCCUUGCUCAAGAACAUGAUCCGGGGCUGCUCUCUCGGGGAGAUUCUGCGCAUCGCGACGCCCUACGGGUUAUGAAUUGAAAAAGUAUCGUACUCGUAUAAAUGCAUUACAAAUUUCCUCAGCAUGAGAAAUAAAAUUUGUAAUGGAGAUUGACCUCAAAAAAAAGAUUGGUAAAUGCAUGUCUGCAAUACGAGUACAACGAUACUUUUGCACAGGAUACGGGUACGUGCUGUUCCGCCUGCACGCGGACGACCACUUUCCCAAUGCGUACCUGAUUCACUCCAGUUUUGCGCACUUGCUGCAACACGAACACAGGCUGCGCGUGGAGCGCCUCUACGGUGCCGCGGUGUUUGAUGUUCGCGAAGCGGAAUCCGAUAUCAAAUGCAAAAAUGUCUGGGUCUGGAACAAAGGAACUUCCCAUGCUAAAUCUGAAUCAUGUAGAAAUCUGUGUUGCAUGAUUACCAAAAGCUGUCAACUUUUGACCUGAUCGAGAGGCAGUUUCUCAUGCAGGAUAGGCAUGAUAGAAUUCUCACAGAAUCUGUCAUGCUAUGUCCUACAUACCAGACCUUAUGGGUCAUGGAAAACCUGCAUGACAAGUCUGGCACUCUGCCAGACCCAGACAUUUGUACAGUUGAUAUCCGACUACACGGGAGCCCCGCAUCAAAGUCCGAACCUGCAGCAGCUUCAAAUGGACGGUAAAUACCUUUUUGAGUGGUGGCGGGAGAAGGGGUUCGUGCCGAAGCAGCUGUUCCAUGAGAACACGCUGCAGGGCAUAUCGUGAGUAAAAAUCCCCCCUCCCCAUACCGAAAAGGAAGUUUGUGAUGCUGGAUUUGCGUACACAAAUCAGAUUUGUCUUGCAGUAGAGAACCGCAGGCAUACGCCAACCCGGGGCAGCGAGGUUUUGACGUAGGCCCCCAGCAUGGCAAAAGUCUACGCUGUAGGACCAACAGCAUCACAAGCCGCCGGCGUAAUGCGGCGGAGCCUGCGGACUUGCCUUCUUGCAAGACAGAAGCGAUUUGCGGUCACAAAUCAGCAUUGCAAAUUUUCUGCGGCUUGCCUUUUCGAUAUGGGGAGGGAGGAUUUUUCCUUACAAUAGGGCACGUUCUACAGCCUCUGGGCGAUGCACCGAGACCGCGACCACCCUGCGGACUCGGCGGACCUCACGGUUUUGCAGCGGUACUUGCAGUAUCCUGUGCAAAAGUAUCGUACUCGUAUUGCAAUCAUGCAUUACAAAUUUUUUUCUCAACGUAAAUCCGCAUUACAAAUUUUGUUUCUCAUGCUGAGACAAUUUGUCAUGCAUUUGUACGAGUACGAUACUUUUGCAGUUCAUAUGCAGGCACACUUCGACCUAGUGUGGCUGAGCAGCGGUGGGGGUGCCGGCGACGGAACCGCAGCUGGUGAUGCCACCAGUACAACCAGUGAAACGUCUACCGGAGUAGAUGUUGGAGACGGCACCGUUUCUGCCUCAAUCACCUGCGACGGUAGUCGUGCGGCGACCAGUGCUAUAGCAGAAAAAAGCACUCACGUAGUCCGCGCAGCUACGCGGGCCGGCGCGCUGUUUUUCGACAAAUCGUACCAAGUACUGCAGCCCGUCCCCCCUGAGGAAAAGCGGCAAGAGGGCGAAGAUGCUGGGAUGUUGUCCGCGAAUGCAGCGGGUGAAGAUUUGACGGGGACCACAGCAGACGUUGAGGAGAGGGGAGCGGCGAUGCUGCGGAAAAACGCUACCUCAGUGAGCCGUGGCGCGCUAGUCCACGGGGAAAAAGGGAGUAGUCUGCGUGUCGCGGAUAGUAGUACCAACUACGCUUUGCCGCCGCGUGAAACGAAGAGAUUAUGCAGAAGUGCUGGGCCACUCCCGGAAGGUGCAGGUGGCUCGAGAAGUGCCGAAGAUAAAGAGCCAGAUUACUUAUUGUCUUUAAGCACUGCUGCAGCUUCCUCGAUUUCCGAAAUGGUCCCAGCGUCGCGCACUGGUUCUUUCUUCCGCCUCACGCUAGUCCCGGGCAUCGUUUGGCCCAUGACCGCUACGGAGUACAAUGCGGCGCUAGCCAGGGGAGAAACUUCUAGCUUAUUUCGCACUUCUGCUGGACCAUCUACUUCCGCGGCACAAGGAUAUGCUGUGGAUAAUAAGAAUUCUGAGGUCCGUGGUCGUGGAACGGCGAAUUACGGUGAAGAAAGCAGUGGUCGCCACCGGUCGAUCAAUACUGCGAAGAAUCGAAGGACCCUGCUUGCCAGCUUCGGCACGCACGCGCCCUUCGCCCAGGAGGCACAUUUGGCGGUGCGACGGGCAUUAGUGGAAGAGCAGGUCUUUGUCGAGGGCCGCGACGAGGAGCAGUUCUGGGGUGGGUUUUACCAGUGCCGCCAUGCCUAUGACAAUUCACAACUCCCCUCCCCCUCAUUUGCAUUGCAUGAACAGCAAUAGUGGAGCCUAUGCAGGGGAAAUUUGUGUGCCUAGUCUAGUACUGUCUGGGCCUCCAGAAUUUGUCGUGCAAACAGUGCCACAAGGGCAAGGCAGGGACUGGAGUUAGGAUUUUGCAUGACUAGAUCGUCUGCGUCCGAAGCUGCUUGCGGCAACGGUGCAAAGGUUUUUGAUGUGGUGCAGUCGGCGAGUAUGCAUGACAAAUGAGAGGGAGGGGGAGUAGUUGUGCACUGUCAUAACGCGCCGGAGGUCUGUCGCUGCGUGAACCCCAACCCCCGGUUUUGCGGCAACGAACUGGACGACUUGGGGGCCUUGUUUGUCGAGGUGGACGUAUCAAAAGGAAAAAUCCCCCCUCCCCAUAUCAAAACGAAGUUUCUGAUGCAGGAUUUGCGUACACAAAUAAGAUCUGUCUUGCUGGAGAGGAAUGCAGCCCCGUACUAAGCCUAAGUAGAGAGGUUCUGGCCUAGGCGUCUAGCAUGAGAAACGUCCGCACUGUAGGCCCAUCAGCAUCACAAACCGCCUGCACAAUGCUACGGAGCUUGUGGAGUUGCCUUCUUGCAAGACAGACGUGAUUUGAGGUCUCAAAUCAGCAACACAAAUUUCCGGAAACAUACCUUUUCGAUAUGGGGAGGGGGUAUUUUUCCUCUUAAUAGGACGAAAGCGUAAACGAUCCGCACUACGGCGGAAACCACGGUUAUGGGAGUGUCAGGAUUGAAAUCGUCAAAAUUCAAAUAGGUUGUCAUGCAGAAAAUGCAACGCAAAGAUUGCCUCUAUUGCAGAGGACGCAAGGGAGGCAGAUUGUAGUGCUGGUAAGGGUCGGGACUUGGGCUGCUGAUUAGCAUCACAGAGCGGAGCCCCUUUGCCCUGAACAGCAUGACAAACUGGCUUCCGGCAUGGACAAAAUUUGUCAUGCACCGACUAGAAAAUGCGGGUCCAAUUUGUAUGGAUAUUAUGCAUUACAAGUUAUUUCAACUUCGUCGAUUUCAAUCCUGACACUUCCAUAACGGAUUGUCACAGUUGGACGUGGUGGAAACACACGUAAGCAGAAUCAUCGAAAACUGGUGGGAAGACGAAGUCAUGUCUCGCGCAAGGGAUACUUCUAUGAUUAAGGACGCCAACAGCACCAGCACGACCUUUAUUGAGCUGCUCGUGGUUACCUCCUGCAGCACGCCGUUCUUUUUGUGUGCGUUAUUACAACAGGAGUUGAACAAGGUCUGGAACAAAUACCUGCUGCAACAUUUCCAGCAACAGACGGCGGUUAAAAACAAGCAGAGCCAGCAGCACGGCACCAGUGGAGGUAGAACUAACACAGUCUUGCUAAUCCAGUCGAAUUGGUUUGGAAUUUCGCCAAACUUUCUCGCCCCAAACGACGUAUACCCAGGAGCUGCAUCUGAGUCAGCUACUAUAAUACCAGAAAGAGAAGCCACUGUAUCCCCGUGCUUCGUGGAAGGCCGGUGCACGAAGGCGGUUUUUCUCAACUCCGCCACGGACGCGUCUGCCGCAGCCGGCGAAUCUGCGGCCUGGCGUAUCCAGAGUAAAAACGUCACCUCGAUUGCAGAUGAGUUGUAAUGCAAAUCUGCAUUCAUCCUCAAAGCGCUUCUCGUGCGGAGACCCAUGACAAGCACUCUCUAGUUGUGUUUUGAGAUUUGUGAUGCCCGAAUCAGCAUGAUGUGCAAGAUCUGUGAUGUCGCUGCACUAGGUAAACACGACUACACUGCGCGCCCAAAUUUGUCAUGCGCAACAACCAGGGCUUGUUGAUUUGUCUAGCAGAUUUCCCAUCUUGACUAUCGGAUGGACACGUUUUUACUCGGGAUAUGGCGACGCUUUUGGAGCUUAGGCCGAACCUUGGUGCACAGCGGAGCCGCGGGUACGGCCAUCGUCUCCACUUCGAACCUGAUUUUGUCGCGGAUUUUGCAGGAGACCGAGCAACUGAAAGACGCGGCUACCUCAUCUCCGGCCCUUGUCCCGGUGCUGCAUAUCCAGGCAAAAAACUGUGUAAGUGUAAGUUUCUUUGAGGAAUAGCAUCACAAGUUUGCUCUGCAUAACACAGAAAACUUGUCAUGCGUGGCUAGUACGUGAAAACACGCACGAAAAUUGCCUCUGAUGCAUGUCCAGCACGACAAGUGUAACAGUUUGGCAUUUUCUGCAACACAAAUUUACACUUACACAGUUUUUUUCUUGGAUACUGCAGCCACUGAUGCUACACUUGGACGACACAAGGUUUGCAGAGAUGGAAGAGGAUGAAGGCGGAAAUAGUAUCAAAAACGCAGCGUCUGCGUCAACUAGUACAUCGCCAAGCCGAUCCAGCAUCGCAGUACGGAAUGCCGAGGGCGAUCUUCUUUUCCGACCAGCGGAGGAAGCACUGCGUGGGCAGGAGACUAGUGAACAAUCGUCGGCUCCAGCACGACCCGAUGGUGAAAUUAUAUCCUCACAAGAACGACUACGACUCCCUCCAGGGGAGAACGCUCCGGGAGAGCCUGGUGACCGCGACGAGGCUUCCAGUAAAAUGAAUAGCACGCCGGAAAGUAGCACAACCAGCGGCCCUCGUGACCGCGUCACCGUACUGACACGGGACGCCAACGGAGAGCAGUAUGCCGUUUCCAUUGCUGCGGACAUACCAAACAACCUCAAGAAAUCUUCCGCUUCCGCUGACCUGGAGGACGUCGGCAUUUGGGCGCGGGGGAACAAUGCCCUCCGGUUGGGGCUCCAGAUCGUGCUCCUGCUGCGCAGCACACCUUCGUGCGGCAAACAGGCACACCUGGUGACGGGCAAGGGCAUGAGUUUCGCAGAAAUCAAGCGGCGCUUUACAGCCAUCGUGUACGUGCCGCACGAGUUCGAAACCUACGCCUUUCACGAGCUGUACUCCUAUGAACUGCAAAAGCAUCGUAGUAGUAUAAAUUGCAAUACAAAUUAGCUCAGCAUGACAAAUGGAUUUUGUCAUGCUGUUUUACCUUGGGAUGGAGAUUUGUAAUGCAUAAAGGCAAUUAGUACGAGUGCGAUACUUUUGCACAGGAUAACUCCCUGUCGCUGGCCAUGUUCGUGCCGAGCCGGAGGUUAUCAAUUGCAAAAAUGUCUGGGUCGGGGAGAUUGCGAGAUUUGUCAUGCUAGUCUGGCAUGACUCUUAAAUCUGUCACGCGCGUUACCCAAGAGCUCCAUUUUUCGGUCAUGCAGAGCUGCAGUUUGUCAUGCAGAAUAAGCAACACCUAUAAGCUCAGAAACUUGUCAUGCUGAGCCAGCACUUGUGCAAUCCUCAUGAUACGCCACCCAGCAUUACAACUUUCCAGACCCAGACACUUUUGCAAUCCAUAGAGGUACCUGGCGGACCUGGUCUUCAAUGACGACGGGAACCUCGGAUCCACGGGGUCCGCGGGUGCCCUGGACUUCUCCACCCGGGUCAAAAAACUCCAGUGGCUGCAGACCAGCUCCAUGUACGACGCUGAGAAAUCGCCGGGCAUCAUCGUGUUCCGGACCAUCCUGGAAUUGUGCAAGCUGGUGUCAGACCGGCAGUUGCUCACGGAAAAGCGGGCGGUCAUGCGGAACGCAAACGCGGAAAAGCGGGCGGCCACCAUGCAAACGUGGCGGGGGCUGCUCCGGCAGCAGUACUCCAACCGAUAUCGCGAACUGCAUGGCGCUCCUGCCGAGGCGGAAUGAAUAUGAAAGUGGAAAAAUUAAGUGAAGGCGCUCUGUGUACUUUUUUAGAGAUAAAAAGGGAACAUGUCUUUAUUUAAUUUCAAGUGCGAGCGAAUAUUGCCUCUCGAGAAUAUAGGAAAAAGGUUUUAUCUGGUUCAUUCAAAUUCACGUGAUUGAUACUGUUCUUUUUUAUACGUUUUCACUACAGUAGUUGCAGCUCGAGCAGCACAUUCUUAGCUGUUGCAACGCGGGCGAAGUCAUGCAGCACUUGGCUCAUUGUCAUUUUAGUCAUCUGGGUGUAUCACUUAAUUACAGCAGCAGAUUUUUGGCUGCAUCGGAUCAGAGGAGAAUUUCCUUUCUUCAUCAAAGUAGGAGUAGCGGCAGUUCUUAUUGCGCAUCACAUGAGUGAUAUGGUUAUUGCGCCCCGUGCGGUUAACGAAACGCAAACGCUUGUCCAAGCCGCAAAGAAAAUUCGGUACACCGAGGUCGGAU